AUGUGCCACUUCAAGCUGCCUGUGCCAAUGAGAACAGAGAAAAUGAGUAGCAGCUUAAUCGUCGCGAGAGGCUAUUUGUUUAUGAGGCAUUUCGACGUCGGCCUUGAAAUCCUUCUCAUUUCUGUCAACUUUAUGAAAAUUGAAUACAAUAAAGAAUAUUUGGAAAAAUAUUUACGGAGAAAUGUCCAUAAUUCGAUGCGACAGUCUAUGCCGUCUCGAUCACUGAGUCUGGCCGGUAUGCCAGACUUCAGAGGAUCAGCGGCUGCGGCUCAUUACCGUAAGACGUCCAUCACCGAUCCAGUACGUUGCCCAUACAUUUCGCCAUCUGGACAGCUUGAAGGUGAUUUACUACUCGAUCCGGUCACUAUAAAUCAAGUCAUCAACCUUGGAAAUCAUGCCGAGAGUCCUGUCGAGAACGUCCGUCGAUUGGUACUUCUACAUCCAGAAGAUGAUCCUCUCAUUUUCACAGAAAUGAUGACACUGGAUCAUAAUAGUGGUGAUAAACCUAUGUGGAAACAAAGUGGACGGUGGAUUAAGUAUGAACAGGACGUCGAGGGAGCUUUUACUCGAUUCAGCAAACCAUUUGUUACAAUGCUCCAUAUGCAGGGUUUAAUGCAAGCAAAAAAUUGCCUGAAAAAAGGAGUUGUACUACUGGAUGUUGCAGAAAUUGCAUUCGAGGACAUUGCCAGAGCUGUCGUCAAAGAAUGGGGCCAGCGAGGUCUCGUGAACAGCGUUGUAGCCGAUAUAGUACUACAAACAAUUCUGUCACCUAAACAUCAUCUUGGAACCAUUCCAGGAGAGAACUACUUCGGCAAGUCUGCCGGUCAUGUACGGCUUGUUCCUGACGAAAAUGGCGGAGCAAAGUACGCUGAGAAUGAGGACGAAGAGGAAAGCGAUGAUCAGGAUCUCCUUCAUCAUCCCCAACCAAUCCGAGACGUCAUCAAGAAGCUCUACCCCAUUCUCCCAGACCUACCAGUACCGGUACGAUUCAUCUUCCUUUUGCUCAGUCCAUCUGAAAACUAUCAUAAUGAAAGAAUGUCUAUUGCACGUACUAUUGGCUCACUUAUAGCCGACGAGAUAUUCCGUAAAGUGGCCUUGCACACCCAAGAGCAACACACACUUGCCGAUGCCGCAGACGAAUUCAUCUCCCAGAUUGUUGCUGUCCCACCAGGAAAAUGUUCCGCAGAUACACGAUGGGAACCUAGAGAGACUGAGAGUAAGCAGACACGCUCAGUUGGGAUGUUGUAUGCAACCUAUCAUGACGAUGAUGAAGAACAAGGUGAUCAAGCAGAGAAUAAUGGGCAUGGCAGCAUUGUGAGGACGGGAAGACUCUUCGGAGGGCUGGUACAGGACGUGAAGGCUAAAGCUCCAUGGUACUUGUCAGACUAUACUGAUUUCUUUGCUGGACGAAUGUCACAAUCUGUUGCCGCCACGAUUUUCCUAUUCUUUGCCAAUAUCACUUCCAUCAUUACCUUUGGUGCAGUAAUGGAACGUACUCUGCACCAUCAGAUGGCCUCGAUGGAAGCAAUUGUGAGUGGCGGAGUGUCGGGUGUGAUUUUUGGUGCCUUUUCUGGUCAACCACUAAAUAUUCUUUCGGCAACGGGUCCGACAUUGGUCUUCGAAAAGAUUCUCUUCGAUUUUAGCGUAGGCAAUGGAUGGGAAUUUCUACCGUUUCGGUGUUGGGUCGGAAUAUGGAUAGCCUUUUUCUUGAUUGUUUUGACAGCCACUGAUAUGUCAGCAUUAGUUGGACUUAUAUCCAGGUUUACUGAAGAAGCCUUUGCUACAUUGAUAUCCAUCGUGUUCAUCAUUCAAGCAUUCCAAAAACUACUCGAGAUCUCACAUGAUGCACCAAUUGUGGCCGAUCCAAGGGAGGUCUACGAAUCACCAUGCUUUUGUCAUUUAAACGAAACAAACCCUUUGCACAACGUUACCGUCAGCUUACGACUAAAGGAUAUGGCUGCUGAAGAGUGCGAAGCUCGAGGUGGUGAAGCCGUCGGGUUGCAAUGUCAUUUCAAGCCGGAUGUUUACAUGCUCUCAGUACUGCUCACAUUUGGUACCUUUGCCUUGGCUUGGGGCCUUAAUAACUUUCGACAUUCGAGAUUUUUCGGGUCUACGUUCCGUAAUGCCCUGAGCGACUUUGGUGUCGUCAUUGCUAUCGCUGUAAUGACGAUGUUCUCCCUGACGAUAGGCCUGGAUGUUCCAAGUCUUCAUGUUCCACAGCAGUUCCGACCAACACUUGAUCGCCCAUGGAUUGUUGACAUCUCAAGUGUUCCUCUUGUUGUUGCUUUCAUUGCGUGCCUUCCAGCUGCUUUUUAUACUAUUUUAAUAGUAAUGGAUCAACAAAUUACUGCUGUAAUCAUCAAUCGCAAAGAUAAUAUGUUGAGAAAAGGAGAAGGCUACCAUCUGGAUCUGCUUUGCAUUGCCGUUUUGGUACUUAUUUGCUCUUUCCUGGGACUGCCAUUCUACGUAGCCGCUACGGUACUAUCUGUGAUGCAUGUGAAUUCUCUUCGUGUUUAUUCAGAAUCAUCGGCUCCAGGAGAAAUUCCACGAUUCCUCGGUGUAAAUGAACAACGCCUUACUGCAAUAUUUGCUCAUAGUCUCAUUGGCCUAUCGGUGUUCCUUACUCGUGUGAUCAAGCUUGUGCCUUUACCGGUGCUCAUAGGAAUCUUCCUUUAUAUGGGUGUUGUUUCACUUCUUGGUCAACAAUUUGUACAAAGAAUCGCUUUGUUAUUCACUUCUGUUAAACAUCAGCUUGUGCCUUUACCGGUGCUCAUAGGAAUCUUCCUUUAUAUGGGUGUUGUUUCACUUCUUGGUCAACAAUUUGUACAAAGAAUCGCUUUGUUAUUCACUUCUGUUAAACAUCAGCCUGACUACUCAUGGUUACGAUCGGUAAGGAUGCGCCGUGUACAUCUCUUCACGAUCAUACAACUAUUAUCAAUUGGAGCACUAUUUCUGAUCAAACACACAAAGACUAUAUCAAUGAUCUUUCCGCUAAUGUUAGUCUUUAUGGUCAUGAUACGAAUGUUCAUUCUGGAAAGAAUAUUUACUCGAUCAGAAAUGGCUUCACUUGAUGAUUUACUGCCCACCUUCAAACAGGUAGUCAUGCCGAAAUCGGCAAGGCAACAGCAGAGGGAAAUGAAGGAACUGAUUGAACACAAGCCACAGAUUUGA